AUGACCACCCGAAAAGGAAACCACCAGCCUCGUCUGCCACCAAGAUAUAGCUCCAAGAAAAGAGAAAUUGCGAUGGCGUCGCUGCUUGACCUCCCCUUGGAACUCCUAGGGCAAAUUGUACAAGAAACAAUCCCGGUAGACUUCGAAGCCACUGCUCUCUGUUGUAAAACUCUGUUUGCUGCCAGUGCUCCUUUCCAAGCUCGAUAUAACCAACGGCGCAAACGCUUUCGAGACUUCACUUUCUCGGAAAGAACCCACGAAAAACCCGAAGACGCAGAGGAAUCAGAGUCGGAAGAGUAUUGGGAUGAAAUUACUCGAACAACCGGCAUCCAGAUCACGACGACGCGAGGGCUGUUGGAACAGAUUGCUCUCGAUCCCACCCUACCGCAAUACAUACAAUCCAUUGACUUGAGAGGGGCUGAAGAAUCAGAGGGUAGUGAUGGUGAGGAAGCAUUAAGCUCACUGGAAGGCGAAGUACCCGAGUCUCUGAGGGACCUGGUGUCCACGUCGCCCUUCAUUGAAGCCUAUGGACGAACUCCCGAGUACUGGAUUGAACAAAUCCGGUUGUCGACUUAUGAAGCGGACGUCUUUCUCCUCACCUUGCUGGCGCAUGUUCGUGAAAUCUCAUUACCCCAUCGGUGGGAUGACCUUCAACCUGAUAGUCACCCGAGGGAUAGUGACCGAAGCAACAAACAUCUGUGGUCGGUACUCAAUGAAAUUACGCACCGGGCUAAUCACCCCGAGGAGUUUCCUGGUGCGUCGUUGUCCAUGUUGUCAGUCCUGCAGCCAUCUCGUGAGAGUGGCUACGAAGAGGGGUCUCCCUUGACACCAUACGAACCGUUCUUGGCAAUCAAUUCGGUGUCGGAGGUCAAUUUGACCAGCUGCAUCUUCAACGAUGAUGGCUACACUGGAAUAUCGUUUGACCCGAAGGUGGAAUCCUACAGCAAGAGUUUGCGAAAAUUGAAUUUGACCUCCUGCGUCUCUGGCGCGGCAGAGCUAGAAAAGCUCCUCUCGCGGAUACCAAACCUAGAGAUCUUGCACUAUUCUCACGAAACCAAGUGGCAUGGCUGCGGCUACUUUUGGAAUAUCGGCGGAUUCCUAGACACAGUGCAGAAGACUUGCUCGAAGACGCUCAAGAAAUUGUCGGUAACAGCAAUGACCAAGUGGGGGAAUAUAGGCCCCACCCUGGAGGAUUUGACUCAUUUUAAGAAACUGGCAACGCUUGAGUUGGACGUCAUUAUGCUCUGCGGUCCCUCGUAUGAUCCGUCUAUGAGACUUGAGGAAGGGGAUGAAAUCGACGCGUCUGGCCCUCCAGCCUGGCCCAAGCUGGGCAAUAUGCUGCCAGCGUCAAUUAAAAGGUUCAAUCUAUACCUCGACUUAUUCGCUGACGAUCGUCUGGAGUGCAUCUCUCAUUUGAUCGAGGGCCUUCCGGAUGCUCGGGCGGAGAGGCUGCCGCAUUUGAAGAAGUUGUUUCUUUAUGUUUCUGUGGAUUCGGAUUCAAAAAUUCCGGACGCGGCACGUGAGGUUUUGAAUGCUGCUAAGGAAACGGGUUUCUCGAUCUUGCAGUUCGGCACGCGCAAGCCGCUUUUGUAA